GAUGCUAACCGCCUCCAUUCCAAACAACGCCUCAUGCCUCCCUUCCCUGCUCAUGCUACCAAGCAUCUGCCUCUAUUAUCCUAUUCAUUUUCAUCUUCUCUUACCUUUCGGUUAGCACAGUCAGACGACGGAACGUCAAAUGGAACUGCCCUAUGGCUUGGGGCACAGGUGCUCUCUGUCUAUCUGGCUCAAGUCGUUCAUCCACGUCUCUUCCGUCCCGGUAUGCGGGUCAUCGAGCUAGGUAGCGGUAUUGGGCUCUCUGCUCUCGUCCUCAGCUCUCUCGGAUGGGCCGUCGUUGCCACUGAUCUUCCCACCAUAACAACCACCAUUCUUCCCCGAAAUAUUUCCACCAAUGUCCCACUUUUGUCAGGAGAAAUUUCUAUUCGCCAGCUUGACUGGACAGUCCAACCAGAUCAAUGGCACGACCCUCUCAUUACUUCAUCCUUUGACCUCAUCAUCACCGCUGACACCGUCUAUACACCACAUCUUGUUCAGCCUCUGCUACGAACUCUCCAUGCGCUCGCGUCUGGCUCUUCGCGUCCUCCCCCCAUCUUUCUUUGUCUCGAACGCCGCGAUCCGGCUCUUGUUGACCGCGUCUUAUUAGAAGCCAGAUCCCACUGGGGCUUCAAAACCGAGCAGAUUCCGUACAGAAAGAUCUCUAAAGCUCUCGACAAGAGUGGCCUCAAGUGGGCUAAAGAGGACUGGGAAGGUGUCGAGAUCUGGAAAUUCACUCUCGACGUCAAUCACGCAGUUGAUGCUUGAUGGGACCUCCCUAAUUUCUCAUUUGAAUCCCGGGAUAACGCCCAAAUGUCUUCUUCGCAUCCAACGGUGCCUUUCACAUCCAAUCAACCGUUUUUAUCUAGUUCCUAUAUAUGUCUUAUCUGUCGUUCCUUCGUCACGUUGUCAUUACUGGACUGGUAUGCCAGUA